AUGACCGUUUCCGCCUGGUCGUUGUCGCUUUUGGCUCUGGCAGGCAGUGCGGUUGGCGCUGACCUGCCAUCCAUUGUGAUGAAGGGCUCCAAGUUCUUCUACCCCAACGGAACGCAGUUCUUCAUCAAGGGAAUCGCCUACCAGCAGGCAUUCGGUGCCGCCGGCUCCGCGUCCUCCAACACCAGCUAUGUCGACCCGCUGGCCGACCCCGACCGCUGCCAAGCCGACGUUCCCAACCUGGCCGCCCUCAAGACCAACGUCAUCCGAGUCUACGCCAUCGACCCCACCAAAGACCACUCGGCGUGCAUGAAGCUCCUCAACGACAACGGCAUCUACGUCGUCGCCGAUCUCGGGGAGCCCAGCCUCUCCAUCAACCGCAACGAUCCGCUCUGGAACACCCAGCUCUACGCGCGGUAUCAGCAGGUCGUCGACGAGCUGGCCAAGUACUCCAACGUCAUUGGCUUCUUUGCCGGCAACGAGGUCAGCAACGAAAACAGCAACACCGGGGCCUCGGCCUACGUCAAGGCGGCCGCGCGCGAUACCAAGGCCUACAUCAAGGCCAAGAAGAACCGCUGGAUGGGAGUCGGCUACGCGGCCAACGACGACAAGCCCAUCCGCGACCAGAUUGCCAGCUACUUCAACUGCGGCCCGGCCGAGGACUCGAUCGAUUUCUUUGGGUACAACAUUUACUCGUGGUGCGGCGACAGCAGCUUCGAGGCCUCUGGCUACGACCGCUUGGUUGAGUUUUUCAAGGACUACUCGGUGCCCGUCUUCUUUGCCGAGUACGGGUGCAACCUGCCCAGCGGGGCGGCGAACCGUGUCUUUGACGAGACGACAGCUCUGUACGGCGACAACAUGACGGGGGUCGUCAGCGGAGGGAUCGUGUAUGAGUAUUUCCAAGAGGUCAACGACUACGGCUUGGUCCAGAUCGGCAGCGGCGGCUCCGUCACCAAGAUGAAGGACUUUGCCGCGCUGCAGAGCAAGAUUGGCGCCGUCAACCCCAAGGGCGUCGACAUGUCGUCGUACAACCCGACCAACAAGGCCAUGGACUGCCCCGCCGUCGGCUCAUCCUGGGCGGCCAGCGCGAAGCUGCCGCCGACGCCCAACGACUCGGCGUGCAGCUGCAUGGUGCAGGCGGCCUCGUGCGUCCCCGCGAGCGGGCUCAACGCCACCGUCUACGGCGACAUUUUCGGCUACAUCUGCGGCAAGGACGCGUCGCUGUGCUCGGGCAUCGCGGCCAACUCGACGACGGGCACGUACGGCGCAUACAGCAUGUGCACGAGCCAGCAGAAGCUCGUCUACGCCCUCGACGCCUACGCCAAGAAGGUCGGCAAGGGCGGGUGCGACUUUGGCGGCCAGGCCAAGACGCAGUCGGCCAGCGGCUCGCAGGGCAGCUGCACCAAGCUGGCGCCCUCGAGCGGAGUGAACUCGACCGUGGUCGGCGGCGGCGGCGGCGGCGGCGGCGGCAGCGGCAACGGCACCGACAGCGGCAGUUUUGCCGUGCUCGGGGCGUCUCUGACGCGUGUGGGAAGCUCGGCCGUUGGCUUGUACCUGGUUGCUGCCGUGUUUGGUGCGGCCGCGGCGGCCUUGUAG